UUUAUUUAGAUCUUUAGUCUUGAUCAGUUUUCAGACAUAUAGUAAAUUAACUAUGAUAACAAUGAAAUGAUAACCAAACAAAAUGCCAACUAUCUUUUGGCGGUUUAUUAGCAAAUUUAUUCAGAAUUCUGUUGUUCCAAGUUUACAAUUAAGAUUAAAAACAAAUUCAAAAAUGACUCAAAGAACAUUAAUGUCGUACUUCAGCUCAAAAAAUAGCAUUGAAAACAUCAAACCUGUAACAAAUAACAAAUUAGUUGAAACUUCUCCCGAGGAACUUGAAGUAUCAAAAAGUAGUCCUAUUAAAACUUAUGGUAAACGAAAAAAAAAUUCUCAUUUAUUUAGUGACAGUAGUGAUGAAGAAUCUAACUACAAUAAAAAAACAUGUGAAAAUAAUUCACCCAGUAAAGAAAAAUCACCUAUCAAAGAACAGUUAUAUUCAACAAAUAAAGAUAACAAUAAAUCAACGGAUAAAAAUAAAGAGUUGGAUCAAUCAAAUAUCAAUUCUAAGAUAAAUGAAACUCCCGAAAUGAAACUAUUACAAAAUUCUACAAACAAUAUAGUCAGUGAUCAUAGUAUGUCAACUGAAAUGUAUUAUGAUCCUACUAAAAAAAGUUAUCAUCCUAUCAAUGAUGCAUUUUGGAGUCAAAAUCAAGAAACUCCAUACUGUGCAUUGACAAAAACAUUACUAUGUAUAGAAGAAGUUAGUGCUAGACUGAAAAUAAUUGAAAUACUUUCAAAUUAUUUUCGGUCAGUUAUUGUUUUAAGUCCUAAAGAUUUAUUACCAAGUGUAUAUCUGUGCUUAAACAAAGUUGCACCUGAUUAUACAGGUUUAGAGUUGGGCAUUGCAGAAACAACAUUAAUGAAAGCAAUUGUUCAAACAACAGGAAGAAGUAUGGCUCAAGUUAAAAGUGAUGUUAACAAAACAGGUGAUUUAGGUAUUGUUGCAGAAAAAAGUAAAAGUAAUCAAAGAACCAUGUUUAAACCUUCUCGAUUAACUGUUAAAGGAGUGUUUGAAAAAUUAAAAGAAAUAUCAGAAAUGACUGGUCAUGCUGUGUUGGCCAAAAAAGUAGAUAAAAUUCAAUCUAUGUUUAUUGCUUGUCAAGAUUCUGAAGCGAGAUUUUUGAUGCGAUCAUUAGCUGGUAAACUUAGAAUUGGUCUUGCUGAACAAUCAGUAUUACAAGCACUGGCUUUAGCUUGUACAUUAACACCACCAUCUCUAAAUUAUCCACCUGAAAUAAUUAAUAUUUCUAAAGAAAUGAAUGAAGAAAAAUUUAAAAAACUUUAUGAUGAAAAAUCUCUAAUUUUAAAAACUACCUAUUGUGAAAGUCCAAAUUUAGAUGCUAUCAUACCAAUUAUUCUUGAGAAAGGUGUUGAUGCUCUGCCAGAAAAUUGUAAACUAACUCCUGGAGUGCCAUUGAAACCUAUGUUGGCACAUCCUACAAAAGGAGUUCAUGAAGUUCUUGAUAGAUUUGAUGGAUUAAAAUUCACAUGUGAAUGGAAAUAUGAUGGUGAAAGAGCUCAGAUUCAUUUAACAGAAGAUGGAAACACUUAUAUUUUUAGUCGUAAUCAAGAAAAUAAUACUUCUAAGUACCCAGAUAUUCUAAAUCGUUUAAAUUUGGUUAAAGGACCUAAUGUUCAGUCUUUUGUGAUGGAUUCUGAAGCUGUGGCAUGGGAUAAAGAGAAAAAAAAAAUUAUGCCUUUCCAGAUUUUAAGUACACGAAAAAGAAAAAAUGCCAAUGAAGAAGAUAUCAAAGUUCAAGUUUGUGUAUUCAUGUUUGAUUUACUUUAUUUAAAUGGUGAACCUUUGGUUAAACGUCCAUUUUGGGAGCGUAGAAAGUUAUUAAAAGAAAAUUUUAUUGAGGUAGAAGAGCAAUUUUUAUUUGCUACUUCCUUAGAUACAAUAACUAUGGAAGAAGUUCAAGACUUUUUGGAAGAAUCUAUUAAAGGAAAUUGUGAAGGACUUAUGGUGAAGACAUUAGAAGAAGAUGCAACAUAUGAAAUUGCCAAACGAUCACGCAAUUGGUUAAAAUUAAAAAAAGAUUACCUAGAUGGUGUAGGUGACACUAUUGAUGUAGUUGUUCUUGGUGGAUAUUUAGGUCGUGGUAAACGUACUGGAACAUAUGGAGGCUUUUUAUUAGCAUGUUAUGAUCCAGAGAGUGAAGAAUAUCAAAGUAUUUGUAAGAUUGGUACGGGGUUUACUGAUGAAGAUCUUCAAAAUCAUACUGAAUUCUUUAAAGAACAUGUAAUUGAAAGACCAAGAAGUUAUUAUCGCUAUGAUCAAAGUCAUGAACCAGAUCAUUGGUUUGAAACUAUUCAAGUUUGGGAAAUAAAAUGUGCUGACUUAUCCUUAAGUCCUGUCCAUAGAGCUGCAUUAGGCAUUGUUGAUCCAGAAAAAGGAAUUUCUUUAAGAUUUCCGAGGUUUCUUCGUAUAAGAGAUGACAAGACAAUUGAACAGUCGACAUCAGCUCAACAAAUUGCUGAAUUAUAUUAUAGUCAAGUUCAGAUUAUGAAUCAAGGAAGUACAAAUACAAACAAAGAAGAUUUUUAUUAAGUGUAGUUUAUUUUUAUGAAAAUACAUAAUUUAUGUCAAAUAAAUUAUUAUUUUAAUAAUUAUAUCAUGAAACCUAUUGUAUCAUAAUUAUAUUGUAAUCCAUUAUUUAAAUUGUGUCUUUUUAACAAUAAUAUAUAGUAUUUAAAAUUAAAA